AUGGAUUCUUCUAAGGCUCCUGUGAAACUCGCAAAGGUUAUUAAGGUGCUUGGCCGAACUGGUUCCCGUGGAGGUGUCACCCAAGUUCGGGUGGAGUUCAUGGAUGAUACUACAAGGACAAUAAUACGUAACGUGAAAGGUCCUGUGAGAGAGGAGGAUAUUUUGGCACUUUUAGAAAGUGAACGUGAAGCACGGUAA